AUUACCAAUCAUAUUGUUAACUUAAAAAAUCUUAGGAAGUUGUCGUUAAGUUUUAUGGGAUGUUAUUCAGAGGAAAUUAAUAUUCUUAGCAAGUUGCCUAGGGUUGAGGUGUUUAAGUUAAAAUGGAUGAUGUUCGCAGGCGAAGAGUGGAAAUAUUAAUAUUUUUGCAAUUCGUCUACUCUUAUCUUGAGCAUUCGAAAGCUAGUAGUCCUAAUUUUCCAAAACUUGAGCACCUAUAUCUUAGGGAUUGCCAUAGAUUGAGAGAGAUCCCAAUUGACUUUGCUGAAAUUUCAACAUUGAAGUCAAUCAAAUUAGAGAAAUGUCUUCCUUCUGCUGUGGAAUCAGCCAAGAAAAUUGAGGACGAGCAACGUGAGUAUGGAAACAACGAUAUGGUUGUUAUUGAGGAUAACGAACAUCGCAUGUUUUGGAAUCUGAGAAAAGCCUGAGUGAAGAAGAGCCAUUAGUAGAUAAUUGAUACCUCCUUGUAUUCACUUUUAGGCAGAAGACAACAAUGGCAUGU